AGCUGGUAGCUUAACUUGAUUGCCUUGUGCACUGGAGUUAACAAGAAAAGUGAACUUCAGUUCACAUGCUUGUGCACUGGAGUUAACUCUGAAGUAAACUGGAGUUCACAUCGAUGUGCACUGGAGUUCACAUCAACUACCGUUCACAAGGACGGUUUCCCAAAAAUGGAAAUAAACACGGGAUAUCCUUUUUCAACUAAAUGAUCCGAAAGAUUUAGUGUAAUACCCAGCAUCCUACAACUACUGUGGACACGGAAUCCCAACGAUGGAAUCUCAAGAUUCAAUUGGCGAGCUACUUACACAUGCCAUAGAUUUUGCCAAUGUCAUGAGCAACUCAGUGGAUAGCAUUUAUCGGCCCAUUGCAGAGGAAGCCGUUGCCUAUGGCAAGCGUCUCAAUGUGGAUGUGGUGAAAUGUGGCAGUCAUGCUGAGCGUUUGUAUCUCCCCUACUUCAGCAGAGCGAACGAUGAUGCAAUAUGGGCGAUUGACGCCAGUACAGAUAUAGAUAUGAUGUUUGUGUUUGAAAACUAUCAUGUAGUUUCAGACGUGGAAAAAUCACAUAUGAAAACUGACAUCAUUCAAUAUCAAUUAGUGGAAGCAGCCCAUCCAGGGUACUUCUUCAUAAUUCCUUCAAAAGAUCUGUCUAGCGAGGACGUUACAAAACUUACAGUGUCACAGGUCCAGAAUAUUGCGUUAUCGAGUGAAACGUUGAAGAGGCAAUUAGAAGAAUCUAUCAAGCACAGCAGGAAAGGGGCAAUCAAUCUUAUAUUUAUGGAAACACCGACUCUGAAUGGACCAUCGGUUACCUUCGAGUCUCGUAUGAACAGUGGAGUAAUGGUUUCAAUUGACUGCGUCUUCGGUGUGAAAUGCUCAUCGUGGCCAAAACAGCUGGACAACUUCUUCACUAGGGAAAGACAUUGUGAAUGGCCAUGCGUCACACUACUGGGAGAAAUUAGAGAACAGGGGUGUCAUCUGGUGGCUACCGGGGCACACGGCAGCUGCUUACGCCCCUUCGAGUGGAGAUUAUCGUCAACAAGGGCAGAGAAAAUGUUAGCAUGGUCUUUAUCAGAAAAACAACGCCUUGCAUAUCAGAUUGCAAAGUCGUUGAUCAAAUCACACGACAAGACGAAAUGUAUCGCAUCCUACUACGUUAAGACGGCUCUUUUCUGGCUUUGUGAAGAACGUCAGCAAAGCGUCUGGACGGCAUCCUCAAAUCUUGAGAAUAUAAAAUGCAUACUGGAAAAAAUAUUUCAUUUCUUUGCCAACAAAAAUGUUCCAAACUAUUUUGUAGAAGAAAACAAUCUUGUCGACCACUUUGAAGACGAGAUAUUCGUGCAUGCUAUUGAGGGUCUUGUGGAGCUGAAUGAAAUGUUACUACCCAGACUUGCACAACUUUUACAACGCGUGUCAGUUAUGCCAGUGGAGUUUCAGCAAACCCCAGCAGAAAUGAUUACAUCGGAAAAUUCAAAAGCGUUACUUGAGUAUUUGUGUGUUAACUUUUGUUUUGGAAGUAUAGCUCACACAAUUUUAUCUCAGAUAGAAAACAAAACGCAUGUCAACUAUUUGUACUUGGCUGAAACUAUGUUCAAACAUCUGACAAGUUCAUCACACGUCGAACAAAUUGACACAACUGUGAAACACGCAACAAAUGAGCGUUUAUCGUGCCAAGAGGUAAACAAGGACCAGACGCAAGACGUGUUAUUGAACAAGAUGUGGUCUCUAUCAAGGUCAGGCUUACAUUCUGCAUGCAGUCUUCUAGAAAAUAUAAUCCAAUACUUCCAGUCAAAGGAAUCCGACAUGGAAAUAAUUUGGAAACUUUGUGUAGAACUGGAAAAUAUUGCAGCUACCCUUUUGAAUGGUUAUUGUCAGCCACAAAAUGCAGGAACAACUGUUGUAAAUGACUGUAUUUAUUUGCUGGACAGAAGCGCGCAUCUGCAUCAUGAGUAUGCCUUCACAUACACACAGAAAUAUUGGAAACAGUAUCCUCGAUAUCGUAUAGAACCAACAAAUAAUCCAAACAAACUCUCAUUUUAUUUCUUGGAAAUGUGGAUAAUAUUGCUUAUCAAAUAUCAACGAGAGGGUAACUGCCAAUUUGGGAUCAUAGGUCGAGGGAACAAAGACAACAUGCGACUUCCAAUCUGUGUUCGACGACUGGUGGAUUUCAUGCUUUUCUAUGACAAUGAUAAAACAUGGGUUCUUUUGCAGAUCGAUUCAGCCUUGUUUGGUGGGAAACCAAUUGCGAACUCCCUAAAGAUAAAAUGUAUUCAGCAUUCAUCUACAAACUUGAAAAUGGACGGGUUAAUCAAUUUAACAAAACUGAAAAUUCGUGCGAAAGCAUACAGGACGGACGUAGAAAAGGGCCACCUGCAGGUGGAACUUGGCAAACUGUGUUGCAUCAAAGGAAAACAGUGCAACUACUCAGAGGACCAAUCUAAAUGGCACAGCCGGUCUCAGGAAUAUUUCAGAGAUGCUCUCAGUUCUUGCCCCUCGGACAUAUCAGUGAAAGUUGAUUUUGCGGCUUUUUUGUUUACAACCAACCGUAAUAAUGAAAGCAUUGGCCUUCUUCAAGACGUCUUCACAUGUGCAGGGGAAGGAACCACUGUGAAUACGUACAAUAUCAACACAUACCGUACCCUCCCUGAAGGGUUACAAGAACUCGUAGGCAACAAAUUCCCAAUAGUCAUACCAUCACUUUUGAUCGGGUGCUACUACAUUCUUGCAACUUACAAAACUAUAAAGAUGUCACGAGAUCAUUCUUUAUUUGGCAAAAUAGUGGCUUGUCUAAAGGAUGCAGUUUCUUCAAGUGACGAGGAUACUCGGAAGCUAGGGCAGCACAUAAUUACAGCUUUCUUAUCUCACUAAACUCUAUAUCUGUAUGUUUAUUUUCAUAUAACAGCAAAUAUGACGCUCCCGAACUAACCUUACUAAAUGGCAUCUUUCCGUAUAAUUUUGACUACCAUAAGCAGAUCCGAUAUGCGUUUCUUAUUUAAAAUGCAUGUAUCUCUUUUAUAAACAAAGAAAAACAAAAAGAUACAAAGGCUUUCCUACUGGAAACUCUGAACACCAGUGAAUAAUACUUUAACUGUUUUUUAGAAUAAAGGUUAAGCUAAAUAGAAAAAUUGUCGAACCUAUACUGGAACUUGACUACUUCUGAAGUGAUUACGGAGAAUGUAUUUGUACAAAUGUUUAAAUGACCCAAAGUUGCACGUCUAUACUUCAAUAGCGUUCAGUAAAUGAUAGGUAGCUCGUUUCGUCCCUGGUCCCUGCUGAGGGAAUAUUAGCCCCUUCCAAUUCAAUAACAUACCUGGCGUUUAGCAUGUUAGAGAGAGCAGAGUUCCCUAUAUUCUGUCCUACCUGCAUUCCAAGACUUUGGCUGCAAGGGCACUCUGUGGCACAUAGACUCCACACAUCUGUACAGGCUAUUAUGUAAAGCUUUUGAAAUUUCCCCUGAAGUUUUGUCUUUGGGUACUUCAAGUUUAGAAAAUUAGAUCUGAGGCAGUUCUGUGCUUUUAAUGUACUGCUAACCCCAGUUGUUGUAAAUCCUCAUUAGACCUUAAGAACUGACUGUCCGUAACGAAUGGUUAUAAUGGAGCAUUGACUGAUCAUCUAACACACCUCCGAGACCGGUAAUUGGUCGGAUUGUGUUGAAAUGUUUCAAUGUCUGAAAGGCCCUUUCCUCGUGGUCUUAGAUCAUAAGAGAUUGAUGUAUUCACUGAUGUUCUAUAUCCUUCAUUGUGAUGGUAUGGCUCUGUGUAGUAGCGCUCUUACGGUACUUUUCUUGUGUUGCAGCCGAUGAUGGUAGUCGAAUAUUAAUAUAAGACACAGACAUAAAUAUGCGAGGCUGUAGUCUAUUUAAAUGGGUAUUUUGGAAUAUAUAAUUUGUUCACAGAAAAUAACCAAA